CUCUCGAGCUUUGUGGACCCUGGGCCCAUGGACACUCACCCUCUUCCCUGCAGCUCCGCGCGCCAGCUCUCCUGCUUUGCGCAUAAGGACACCAUUGACGUCUCGGCGCCUGAAGCGGGCUCCUGGAGCCCGAGGUUGCCGCUAGGGCAGGAACCAGGUGGCAGAGGACCAGAGCGGGGCCACCCUGCGCCUCCAGGGGCCUAGGCGCGUAGGUGCCAGUACAUCCGUGGCUUCUGAUCACCCGCAGCACUGAGAGUGUUUGUUUUGGUCCACAAAAGCAUUUUCAAAAAGCUGCUGGUCAAGCAUGGCUUUAACAGAUCAAAGGCUUGAGAACCUGCAGGUCUACAAACUUCUUCAGUGUGUUCGGAACAAAGACAAGAAGCAGAUAGAGAAGCUCGUCAAACUCGGCUACCCUGAACUAAUCAAUUUCACAGAACCUGUGGAGGGGCUCAGUGCUCUGCACCUAGCCUCAGUUUCCAAUGACAUUGACAUGGUCAGCUUUCUCCUCAGCCUUGGUGCUCACCCUGAUGUGCAAGAUCGAAUGGGCUGUACUCCGACCAUGAGGGCUGCAGAACUGGGCCAUGAAUUGUCCAUGGAAAUACUAGCCAAGGCAAAGGCAGAUAUGACUAAAGUCGAUAAUGAAGGAAAAGGUAUUUUGUUUCACUGCAUUUUACCUACUAAGAGGCAUCAUCGCUGUGCAUUGAUUGCCCUGGAACACGGUGCAGAUGUCAACAAUUCUUCCUAUGAAGGAAUCCCAGUAUUCCUUAGAGCUUGCGAAGAAGCACAUGAUGUUAAAGAAAUGUGCCUGACAUUUCUGGACAGAGGAGCCAAUCCAAAUGCUAUCAACUCAGCCACAGGCCGCACGGCUUUGAUGGAAGCAUCCAGAGAAGGCGUGGUGGAACUAGUUCGAGGGAUAUUGGAACGAGGAGGUGAAGUGAAUACAUUUGAUAAUGAGAGACAUCAUGCUGCACAUUUCGCUGCCAAAGGAGGCUUUUUUGAUAUAUUGAAGCUUCUUUUUGCCUACAACGGAGACAUGGGGUUGAUUGCAAUGAAUGGGAACACACCACUUCAUUAUGCUGCCAUGGGUGGUUUUGCAGAUUGCUGUAGAUAUUUAGCUCAGCGAGGAUGUGACCUGAAAUGGAAGAAUUUACAGCAUAAAACACCCAGGAAUGUGGCUAAAGAAGGUGGCUUCAAAGCAGCAAGCAAAGAAAUAAGGCGGGCAGAACGAAUUGCUAAUAAACUAGCCCGGCCAGGAGCCAAAGAUCCUAACCCACUUUGGGCCCUUCGACUUCAUGAUUGGUCAGCAGAACACGAGACUUCCCUUCGGGGAGCUUUUUCAUAUGUGGACAGGGGGGAUGGGACAGUCAGCAAGGAAGACUUUGUGAUGGUGCUGGAAGAGAGGCAAGAGUUAGUCAACCCAGAACAGCUGCUUUCCAUAGCUCAUCUUCAUGAACAAUUGCGGGGAGGGGGGAUCAACAUUAAUGAUUUCUUUAAGGGAACCAAAUACUUACAGAAGUCUUAUGUCUUGGGAUCCUAUGGGCCUAAAAAAAAGAAAAGAGGAAUAGCCAAAAGGACAAAAAAAGGCAAGUUCGCUUUACCCCUCCCAAUCUGCAUCAUUCCUGAUGAUGCAUUUCCACGCCGGAGUGAUGGUGGGCCACCAUAUUACAUGAUUGAAACCUACAAGAACAUAACUGAUUGCAGUCGGUUUGAUCGGGAUCAUCCACCAGAACAUCCCAUUCAGGAUGACUCUGCUUGGUACAUUGAUGAUACAGAGAAAGCAUAUUCAAAUAUUAAUUUUCUCACCAAGGCAGGAGACCUAGCUUCGCUGAAAAAGGCAUUUGAAUCAGGAAUACCUGUGGAUAUGAAGGAUAAUUAUUACAGAACACCACUAAUGACUGCUUGUGCAAGUGGAAACAUAGAGGUGGUCAAGUUUCUUCUUGAGAGAGGGGCUAACAUUAAUGCUACAGAUAAUUUUCUGUGGACUCCACUCCAUUUUGCAUGCCAUGCAGGCCAACAAGAUAUUGUUGAGCUUCUUGUUAAAUCUGGAGCCAUCAUAGAUGCAGUUUCACUCAACAACUCAACUCCUUUAAGUAGAGCCAUUGAGAGCUGUAGACUGGAUACUGUCAAAUACCUACUUGAUAUUGGUGCUAAAUUCCAGUUGGAAAAUAGAAAAGGGCAUACUGCCAUGGAUGUCGCAAAGGCGUAUGCUGACUAUAGAAUAAUUGAUUUGAUUAAAGAAAAGCUAGAUAACUUGCCCAAACCAGCAGAAAACCAAAAACCAAAAGGCAAGCCACCUCUUAAAGUGAAAACUGAAGGACCUGAAAUUAAGAAAGAAGGGGAGGAACCACUUUCGCCAGUUUAUACUGUACCAGCCAUACUGGAGGAAAAGAAAAUGCGUAAGGAUAAUGUGGUGUAUCUCAAUUCAUUGAUUACCAGUGGUCACACCAAGAAAGUAGAUAUCACAUUUAUUCCACGGAGGACCUGGAGUCCUGAAGCCACAACGGAAGAGCUGAUCAGAAAGAGGGAACUGCGGAGGGAGAGGUUCACUUAUGAGGUGGACUUUGAAGACUUCAUGAUGCCCUUUCAGAAGAACAUCACAGAGAAAGCUCAAGCAUUGGAAGCUGCUUUCAAGAACUAAAUCACAGAAGUUGUGCCUUGUGUUAAACAUUUUGAGGCCCAGAGAUCAAACUUUGGAGGAAAUAAAUAUUUCCGUCAAAGCCAAAGCAAUCCACAGCUUAAGUAUUUGUAACCAAAUAUUUGUUUUUUCUUUAACAACUAUAAAUAGUAUGAGCUGUCUAGAAAAGGUGUGUUUUGUUUUACAACAAAUUGCAUGUCAUUCUGGGUAAAUUCCCCAAUCUUCUUUAAGAUUAUAGUGGAAUAAAUGGCAUUUUGGUUAUAAACAUAACUUUAUUGUCAGAAAAUUUACCAAAUAUACACCAUUGUGUUUGCUAAAGAUAUAAUUCUGGAAAUUGAUGAAGACUAUUUUAAUAUUAAGAAAGAGAAGGAAUUUUUAGUCUGUUAAGUCUGUUUAGUCUGUUAGGAAGAAAUUUGUUUCUCACACAUGAUUGUAAGUGAUGUAUAUUGGGUUAAGUAAAUGUUGACACCUCUGGCAGACACUGUCUGCACUCCAGCCAUCUCUCCUCUGCUUUGGGAUUGAGGCAGUCUCAGACCUGGUUUCCAGAUGCAGAAUUGCAGCCUAUGACAUUUAAACUUGUACAGUAGGGGCCAAAGUACAGGAUCAUGAACAUCUCCUGGAAACAGCUCUCAAGCAGUGACUGAACAGAUGCAGUGUAUUAAGUCCCAGUUCCGUCACCAUUCUGGUGAGAUUAUUCUAAAGGACAUGUUCUCACUAACUUCUAGAGCUCCCCAUGGGGAUUAAGAUCAAGAUGCCCACAGUGGUGAUUUUGUGUGAUAACAUGCCCUUUAUUGGACAUCUUUUCUUUGCUGUUUCCUCACUUUUCUCCAGACCUUCUGGUCUUUGUUGAGAUCACCUCCCAAAUACUUAUACCUAAAUUCUUGUCUCAAGGUUCCUUCUUUAAGGACUCAAAUUAAGACAUCUAUGGUGUUAUGAUUCUAAGUCCCCUAGCAAAUAUUUUUAAAAUAUAUUCCCUUAGCUUCUGUUUGCAACUAAAUAAACAUUUCCCCAACUUAGAGGAUUUGUUCCCAGGAUCUUAAGCAUUUAAGAAACAGUUCAAGUAGUAUUCAUGUAAUACUUUAGACAAAAUUUCCACAUGCCAUAAAAUAUAUAUGAUAGGGAAUGACUAGGUAUUAUAUAUGACUUUUCCUUAAGGCAAGUAUCUGUGGGGCAAGGGAGAAGGGAAGAUUUAAGAGACCCACCAUAAAACCUUACAAGUAUCCUUUGGACUUUGGGUCUGCAACUUGACUUAUACUUGGGAAAGAUGUAUGUUAGGAUUCUACUGAAGAAAUAGAAUCAGUAGGGUAGGACAGGUAGGUAGGUAGGUAAGUAGGUAGAUAGAAAGAUAGAUAUGCAAGGAGUUAACUUACACAAUUGUGGAGCUGGUAGGGCAGGCCACCAGGAAGGAUAGGC